AUGAAAGAAUGUCGUUAUAGAAUUGGCUCGGAUAAACGCAAAGUGUCUCUCCGAUUUGUGGUCGACCUGCUUGUCAAUCGACUCAAUGAAGUAGUCCAAUACAUUACUGACAGCGGAUUAUCGCCCCCACCUAUGCUUGACGAGAAUGAAGUAGCCUUGAAAAGCGCACUCGACACCCUUGGGCUUGGUCAUAUUACAAAGGCACUAGAAUGCAUCGGGACAAAGGAUCGGCCACUUCCAGAUACCGGUGUCCCAGGCGACCCACUUUCCUUGCUCAAUCGCGCGGACACAACUGCGACUAAGAUCGAUCUGACGGAGCUUGACGCAAACAUGGGGCUAUUGGUAGAACCUUCGAUAUUUGAUGACAGUGCUCAACUCCUUCAUAGCGAUAUAAUUCAAGAUCUGGACCUUGAAGCGUCGGUUGACAUCUCUUCACAGCCACUCCAUGAAGAUGAGAUUCUCGAUGUUGGCGACCGACCAGAAAGUGUUCACGGCAUACCACUUGAUACAGGCCUGAAUGAUAGUUUCACAGAAUCUCGUCACCAACAGCAGAAUAACCAUUUCUCACAAAAACUCGCCCCCAGACAAGAAUACAAACAUGAUCAUGACAAUCAAGUCAUUGUUCAUGAUUCGCAGGAGAGUCUGAAAAGUAGCGAUGACAUGGAAGACAUUGUACAUCGAUUAUCAGAUCGAAUGGGAAGCCUCCAAAUUGGUUCGGAUGGGCAAGUUCGAUACUACGGUCCCACUUCUCAUUUUAAUCUGCUUCGAAUGCCCACUCCAGAUAACCUCACCGUCCAUCGUACUAUUCGGAAAGACGGCGAAGAUUAUCUGUAUCGCCUGGGCCUAGGAAAAAGUGUUCCAGAAGAGCUAGAAGAACAUCUGCUCAAUCUCUAUUUUACAUGGCACAACCCUUUGUUUGAUGUUGUGGAUAGGGGUAUGUACAAUGUCGCCAAACAAAAGUGGCAUGACCAUAUGGAAGAGACACCAUACUACUCUGAAGCUUUAACCAAUGCCAUGUGCUGUCUUGGCGCUGCUUUCGAACCUCGGUACCACCCCAAUUUUAUCACAUAUCCAAAGUCUUUGUCAGACUUCUUUGCAGAUCGGGCAAAGACCUUACUUGAUAUUGAACUUGACUCUCCUUGUUUGGCUACUGUUCAAGCAAUGGUGGUUCUAAGUGGUCAUGACAUUGGAUGUAAACGUGACGCUCGGGGAUGGCUCUAUAGUGGGAUGGCCAUGAGACUGGCCUUCGAUCUUGGAUUACACAUUGACAUGUCCACUUAUGUGGCAAAGGGAUCAAUCAGUACAGAUGAAGCCGAGCUGCGAAGAAUGGUUUUCUGGGGCGCCUAUACCCUUGACCAUCAUUGGGGCUUUUUACUUGGCCGACCAUUUCGUAUCAACAUGGAAGAUGUCACUGUUGACAAGCCUAGGAAUGAUGCAGACUCAAACAAUAGCCAUGACUGGAUUUCAUAUGGGCUUCCCUAUCCGAUCACAUCCACCAACAGCAUACAUAUAACCAGUCCAAUUAUGACCUUGAGCAGAUAUCGCAUUACUCUCUGUGAAAUCAUGACGCCACUAGGCCACGUGCUAUACGGAUCAUCGAAGAUCUCAAAGCAUGCCCUUCAAAAAUUAAAUGAAGAGACUACAGGAAAACUAUUGCAGUGGAAGCUUGAUCUUCCAGCAAUUCUGCAAGUGGACUUGGACGACCAUGUAACCCCUGUCCUGCCUCAUGUUUUACUGCUUCAUAUGCACUAUCACCAAUCCAUCAUCCACGCCCAUCGACCAUGGAUGUCCAAACACUCCAUUCAGCCCCAGCCUGCACAGGGCCCCGGCUACGGCCACGCCCGCGAGAUGUGUAUUGAAUCUGCCAUCGCCAUAGCUAAACUUCUUCGCCUUUACGAAAUUCGCUACACAUUUCGACGUAUGAACGUUCAGGCAGUUGCCAUAACAUGUUCAGCGGCUCUCAUACUCAUCUUUGCAACAAUCCUUAAACAACAAUUCGGUUGUGCCGAUGAGAUAGCCGCACAUUUGAAUGCAUGUUUCCGAGCUUUGGAAGAAUUUGGGCUUUCGUGGGAGAGUGCAAAGAGAGCACAAGCGUUCCUGCUUCGCAUGCAAGGCCUAUGGGAGACGCGUUUUCGUGCCUAUCGCGCUACAAAACGCACCGUUCCAGGCUCCCUCGGCGAAUUCCAGCCAUCUUCACCUGGUUCUAAAAGAUCGCGAAUAGGAAAUCGGCCAAUGUCUUUGGAAACUGAUGACUCUGUGGAUGAAGUCGGCCCUCAAGUGCAGAUUGAAAAACAAGGCACCCACGGGAUUGAGUCAGAAGCUGAAGAAAUUGACUGGUUGUUGACUACAAGCAUAGACACCAUCCCUUCUUAG